AUCAGCGGCAUCGCGAGCGGCAUCAAUGUCCAUCGGGAGGCAAAACAUGGCGGCCCCGCCGGACGCGAAGAAGCGUAAAUUGAACGAUGAAAUCAAAGCAGGCGCAACGAGCCGAGCUGCCCACCCGGCGGAUCGACCGAAGCAGCGCCGCAACUGUCCCUACCUGGACACAAUCAACCGAAACGUGCUGGACUUCGACUUCGAGAAACUCUGCUCGGUGUCGCUUUCCCGGAUCAACGUGUACGCGUGCCUCGUCUGCGGCAAAUACUUCCAGGGCCGUGGCACCAACACGCACGCCUACACGCACAGCGUACAAGUGAGCCACCACGUGUUCCUCAACCUGCAGACGCUGCGCUUCUACUGCCUUCCCGACAACUACGAGAUCGUUGACUCAUCCCUGGACGACAUCACAUACGUCUUGCGGCCUACAUUCACGAAAGAGGACAUAGUCCGAUUAGACACCAGCGACCGCCUGUCGCGCGCCUAUGAUGGGACGACCUAUUUGCCUGGCAUUGUGGGCCUCAACAACAUUAAAGCCAAUGACUACUGCAACGUCAUUCUCCAGGCGCUCUCUCAUGUGCCCCCACUCCGCAACUACUUCCUCCGCGAAGAGAACUACAUGGUCCUCAAGAGGCCUCCUGGUGACAUCAACGUCCUCUUAGUACAGCGCUUUGGCGAGCUAAUCCGCAAGCUCUGGAACCCAAGGAAUUUCAAAGCACAUGUGAGCCCCCAUGAAAUGCUGCAGGCUGUGGUGUUGUGCAGCAAGAAGCGCUUCCAGAUCACGCAACAGGGUGACCCCAUCGACUUUCUCUCCUGGUUUCUCAACAGCCUGCACAUGGCGCUCAAUGGCACCCAGAAGACCAGCAGCAGCAUUGUCUACCGCACAUUUCGCGGCGGCAUGAAUGUCUAUUCACGCAAGGUCAUUCCCGUGGAGAUGACAGAGGCUGAGAGGCGGGCUGCCCUGCGCACCACCGAGUAUGACGAGAAAGUCGAGAGUACUGGCUUUAUGUACCUGACCGCAGACCUGCCUGCACAACCUCUGUUCAAGGAUGAGCUUCGGGAGAAUAUCAUCCCUCAGGUGCCACUUUUUACUAUCCUCUCAAAGUUCAAUGGGACCAGUGAGAAGGAAUACAGGACGUACAAGGACUCGACGCUCAAACGCUUUGAGUUGACGUCACUGCCACCGUACCUCAUCCUCUACAUCAAGCGCUUCACAAAGAACACAUUCUUUGUCGAGAAGAACCCCACUAUUGUGAACUUCCCCAUAAAGGACGUUGACCUGGGUGAACUGAUAGCUGUGAACGUGCCAGAUGCUGCUGAGGGAACCUACGUUUACGACCUCAUUGCCAAUGUUGUGCAUGAGGGUGAACCUGGAUCAGGGAAAGGAACAUACAGGGCUCACAUCCUGCAUCGUGGUUCUGGGAAGUGGUAUGAGCUACAAGAUCUCCACGUCACCGAGAUCUUGCCACAGAUGAUCACACUGUCAGAAGCCUACAUACAGAUAUGGGAGCGGAGGAGAAAAAAGCUGGCGGCAUCAACAUCUGAGUAGCCUGUUCUCAAAGUGCAUCCUAUAUUGAUGACAUCUUAGUUUGCUCAUCUAUGAAUAAAUGUAAAGUUGUUCUACUUGAAGAAUUGAAGCAGUGCAUAUUUGUGCGCAUCCGCAUAAGGGGUGGAAUAUUGACACAUGUAAGGUUACGCUACGUUGGUAGAUUAUUCACUUUUGGAAUAUCAAAUAAGUCUAUCUUUCUGUAAAAAGAGGCUUACUGAAAAUGGCACAAAGCAUAAGAUGGGUGGCAACACCACUUUGAAAUUCCUGCAUGAUUCUGUGUGAAACCAUGCUUUCUUUUUUGGUAAGGUUAGAGGCGUUCUCAAGGCUAAAUAACUAUUUACUGACAAAGCUAGAUAACAUUGCAUUCUAAUAUAUGCAAAUGUACACCCAGUAAUUUUGGGAGCCUUUCCUGCACAAGAAAACAACUGAUAUACUCAAAAUUGCGAUGAAAUCUACAUCUUCACAUUGAUAUCAGAGCCACAGUUUGGGCAUGCUGUCGAAGUGGAGAGGUUUGGCCUUUGCUUCCAUUAAUAGACUUAAGUAGUACAAGUAGAGUUUUUAACAAGUAUUUUACCUGGAUUGAGCAAUUUAGUUUUUUUAGCAUGUAAAAAAAUGUGCUGUCAGAGACAACUAAUCUAAAACAUAUACGCUAGUUUAGAUAGCUGAGUAGUCUUUCAUCAUCAGCAGCAGCAGCAGCCUAUUUUUUUUUGUCCACUGCGGGACGAAGGCCUCUCCCUGUGAUCUCCAAUUACCCUUGUCCUGCACCAAAUGAUUCCAACUUGUGCCUGCAAAUUUCUUAAUUUCAUCACCCCACCUAUUUUUCCGCCAUCCUUGACUG